UUCUCCGCUCUAAAUAUUCUUUUGGCGUUUUAAUUCACAAUCACAAGUGGCCCCAGGAUGGCGUCGUCAAGUUCUGGUGCUAAGCAUAAACCACCUCCAGUUCCACCUCGUCCAGUGAAUUUGCCACGCCCAAGUAUGCUGCAGUCUGAGGGUCAGUCUGAAAGUCAGAUAUCCACCAGAUGCGGAUACAUAGUUUUGGUGUAUCUCCUAGUCGUGGUAAUACUCCUGCUGGCCUUGGUUCAAUGGGAACUUGUGUGCUACUAUAAACCAUUAACAGAUAUUUUCUUGGCCAAGUACUGGAUUAGUGUAUCCUGCAUGCUGAUCUCAGCUCCACUUUUGGCCAUAUUCCUGCUCAUUCGGCAAGCUCGAUAUUUUCCAAUUCUGGGAUGGCUGCUUAUGUGCUCCAUUGUUGCUUACUGUCAUGCGCUCACCUUUCUGAUUUACUUUACCAUAACUGCGAUUUUGGUGAUCGUCCUUGUGCUGAUUGGAUCCUUUAUUCCCUGCGACUUAACUGCUAAUGUGGCUUCGCUGUUCAUCGUCAGUGUUCCGAUAUUGCUGUACAGCAUAUAUUUACUUAUGAUCUUCAUGAUGAUUGAUUCAGACGAUGGAUUUUUCAUAUCCUUCGCUGUAUUGGUUUGGGUUAUAGUGUGCAUGUUUAUCAUGUACCAUGCCCAACUAAUUCGCGGUUGGCGAUACGCAGAGCUAUAUGUGACCGAUGGACUCUUUGCCGUGAUCGUCCUUUUCUGUCACUUCUGCAUUAUCCUGAUGCUUUUCUGCUUCUUGGACUGGUCACAAGCUGAUUAUGUUGAUGAUACUGAGUCCUCUGAAUUUGCUUACUGGGCUCUGUGGCCAUUGGUCUCCUCAGCUGUCAUUGAAGAUGAUUUUUUGGGUCAGACCACUCAGGACAUCGGGCGCCUGCUAAGCCCACUCGUCGACAUUAUAAUAACAUCCAUCAUUCUGGACCAUACACAAAUGACAACAACUGCCAAAAAGUAGCACAGUAGUAAAAAUAUAAACAAAACGGCCAAGGCACAGGGAAAACAAAUAAAAAAAUAAGUAAAAGCCAAAAACAAGUUUCACUUGGACUGCUCACUGAGUAAACAUGACAUAUUU